UCUGCAAUGAACGUGCACAUUCUAACUCAAUUUCAAAAGCUACAUUCCAACUCAAUUUCAAAAGCUAGUUGAUAGAAGUGAACUUGUCCAAGGUCAUAUAAGUUGGUAACACCACAUGUCAGCUAAUGUGGAACAACAACGAUCCUGCAUGUCUAAAAUUGGAUAUUUGGAGUGUAAUCCUGGUUGAUAUGAAGAAGAUUAAUCUGACAUUUGGAGCACGAACAAUAUGAUAUGAGGAUCAAGAUUGGAUAAACCAACAGCAGGAGAAAGUCUGCCGCUUAUACCACAAAAUUGUUACAGAUUGGAUAAACCAAGAGCAGGAAAAAGUCUGCCUCUUAUACCACAAAAUUAACAAUGGGAAGAAAGUUGUUAAAGGCCAUGUAAGGAGACGGUUAGCACAUUUUCUCAACUAGCGUGGGCCUUCAAUAGAAUAGUAUGUUAUAUAGGUGUUUGGAGAAAAAAAUUAGGUUUCAAAGAACUAAAAUUUACAUAUAUAUAUACACAAGGUAAAGUUACCUUAUUACAUUAAAUACCAAUUUGGCAAAGUAAUUAUAUAAAUCCCAAGCUAAUUACAUAAAUUCCCUUUAUUCUAUUUUCUCUCUUAAAUAUUAUACAUCUAAAACCACGUUAUUGGCUUCCAAUUUUUGCUCCCAAUUGCUUCUAUUACGGCACCCGUACUUUCCUCCAUUUUUGAAUCCCUUAAAUCAUGGCAAAAUACAAGUAACCUCUAAUUAGAGGUUACCAACUUGUAAGUGUUCAAGCUUUUAAUUGAUUUUUAUGAUUUACUUCAUUAAUUUUUUGAAAAAAAAAAAUCAACUUUACCAAUUCAGGGUUUUUCUUGUUUUUUUGUUGCAUGUUGAUUUUGUAUGAAAUUUCUGUAUUGUGCAAUCAUAUUCAAGUUCAGUAAUUCGAUUUUUUUCGUUUUUUUCAGUCGAUUUUUUCGUUUUUUUCAUAUAUUUUUGAUUUUCUUGUUUUGUAGUUCGAUUUAACACUAUUGUUAAAUCAAUAUAGUGUAAAUUGGUAAUGGAUUAUCCUCCUAAUUUUAGUUUAGGAAUUACUCAGUUAGAUGCAAAAGAAAAAGAAAAAGAUAUUCCCGUUGGAUCUGUUCCUAGUAAAUUUGAUGAAGAGGAUCCAAAUUUCGCAGAGAAUUGUUCAAAGCACCGAAACGAUCCCGUUACAAUGAAGAAAUUGAAGGAAGUUGCCACUUCUAGAUUGAAGAAGUCAAGUUCAAAAGCGGCAACUAAAAAGAAGUUUGAUGAUUCUGGUCGACCGCGUCUUCCGAAGGUCCUAAGGAGCAACACACCGAUGGUCAGUCUGAGCGCGUCAUUCAAACUCUUGGAGGAUAUGUUGAGAGCUCGUGUUAUUGACUUUAUACUCUUUCAGUUUCUUGAUAGUUAAAUUUGUGUUGCAGUAAACUACAACAGGUACACCUAUGGUGUAUUGGACUAGAAGUUUAAGUUCUAUCUUCAUUUUUGAUGGUGCACUCCGCGUAUGAAAUUACACUAAAUAUAUGUUGUAUUCUUAAUUGUAACUGUGACGAGGUUUCUAUUUGUAGAAAAUUAACUUUUGAAUGGUGUAAUUCACAAGUAGCAACCCAUUUUCAACCCAUUGCAAAUAGCCUAAUACAUGAAGAACAGGAUGCUUCAACAAGUACUUUCCAAACAUAAAAUAAUGCAAUCUAGUUUUUUAUAUUCAAAUUACUAUAUACAACAACAUAUCCAAUGAAAUUUCAUAAGGAAUAAGGAGGGUAAAGUGUAGUGAGAAAUACGGCAGAUAGAGUGUAUGCAGACCUUACUACUAUCUCGUGCAGGUAGAGGGGGUGUUUUUGAGAGGCCCGCAACUCAAGUACAACAAUUUCAAGUACAAAGGGAGAAGAAGAUAGUGAAAAAAAUAUAGCAACUAACAAGAAAAUAUAUUCAAAUUACAUAAUAAGAAAAGACAACAUUAUUCUCAAAGUAUGUUUUCAACAAAGAUCGAGUUUAGUUACGAAUUUCGUCAUUCGUUAAAAUUGAUAUUUUAAUACAUAUAAUAAAGCAAUUUUUAACCUUGCAAACCUUUAAACAUUACAUACAUAGUAGUACAUUUCUUGAUGUUUGUUUCCUAAAAAACCAUAGUCAGAAAUUAAAGGAACGGAGUUCCUCGUUUCUUUUUCAUGCCCCUUUUAUUCAACUUGAUGUACAAUCGUAUUUAUAUGCUUGAAUUCAAAAAUUAAUGUGAUGAAGAAUAAGAAGACACACACUCGUAGCAGAUACCCAUAAAUCCAAGUUUGAACUA